UCGGCUCAAUCACUUGAAAUUGAUAAGCUUGUUUUUGUUAUCAAAUAUCGCUAUUCAGGCAAUACUUUCCUCAUUGUAGCUGUCAAUAAUUGCUCACCGGCCGAUGUACUUCGCCCAGCUUCCUCAUUAUUAAACCAGAAAAGGUCAUGACUGAAGAGGCCUUUGACGUUAUAGUGGUCGGUUCUUGCAUGACUGACUUGGUCAGCCAGUCACCAAGACUACCUAAGGAAGGGGAAACCAUCCACGGUCACAACUUCUUCAGCGGCUUUGGCGGAAAAGGGGCCAACCAAUGCAUACAGGCUGCAAAACUGGGCGCUAAAACCGCGAUGGUCGCCAAGGUCGGUAACGACUCCUUUGGAGACAGUUAUAUCCGCAAUUUCAAGGACCACGGCGUGCAUACAGGCUUUGUCGGACAGACGUCUGCUGCAGCCACAGGCGUUGCCUCCAUCAUAGUCAGUGAUGCAGGUCAGAAUGCCAUUGUGAUUGUGGCUGGUGCCAACAUGCUACUGAGCAAGGUGGAGCUCCAGGAUGCACUUCCAGCCAUCGCUUCUGCAAAAGUACUGGUUUGCCAACUUGAAAUCCCCCCCCAAAUAUCUUUGCGGGCAUUACAGAUGGCUCAAGAGAAUAAAGUUACAACAAUAUUCAACCCGGCGCCAGCUAUCCCUGACUUGGAUCCUGAUUUUUAUCGACUCUCUGAUGUAUUUUGCUGCAAUGAGUCUGAGGCUGAGCUGCUGACAGGUUCAUCAGUAAAUACCGUGGAGGAGGCGCGUUGCGCUGGCCGCGAGCUGCUGAGGCGAGGAUGCGGCACCGUUAUUAUCACCUUGGGAGCCCAAGGAUGUGUGGUGCUCCAGGCAUCAGAGUCUACCUCCAAACAUGUUCCAGCAACGCCAGUCACCGCAGUGGACACCACGGGUGCUGGAGACAGCUUCAUUGGAGCGCUGGCAUAUUACAUGGCUCAUUAUCCCACAAUGGAAUUAGACGAGGUGGCCAGGAGAGCAGGUCAAGUGGCGGGAGUCAGCGUGCAGUCCAUGGGCACGCAGUCGUCGUAUCCACGCAGACGGGAUUUAGCAGCUGACCUCUUCUGAUGCCUUUCAUUGGACGCAUCAACUUGCAUUUUGGUUCAUGUGCUGCUGAAGAGCGUUCUGAACAAGCAAGGAAAGACCAAUAACUGUGUGGAAAAUGGAAGAGUUUUAAGUAAUGCACACAAGCAAGUGAAAAGUCAUUGGAACAACGUUUAAUGUUGUGACACCCGACUGACAAUGCAAUUACUCAUGUAAUUAUAGAAUAUAACUUGUGGAUGACAUGAAGAAAAUAAAACGUGAAGGACUUGUUUAUAAUCAA